AUGGCCGAGUCUAUUACUGAGCAGCUGGACCACCUUCGCUCGCUGCUGUCCGAGCCCGAAGUCAUCCUCCCAUCAUCAGAGCGGUACGACUCACGUACAUCGACAUGGGCGGCCCAGAAGAACCUGCAUCCCCGCCUCGUCGUCCGACCGGGCUCAACACAGUCUCUGUCAAAGGUCCUGCAAUACCUGUGGACUUCGGACCUGGACAUGGCGGUUCGCAGUUCCGGGUAUGGCUCGGCCUCGGCUAGGGACGUGCUCAUUAGCAUGGAGUCAUUCGACGAGUUCAGUUGGGAUCACGAAAAGAAGAUCGUGACAUUGGGCGCGGGACAGCUUUGGAGGGAUUACUAUGAAAAGAUGGAUCGAGUGGCUCCAGGAUAUCACGUCGUCGCUGCACGUACACCAGCUCUAGGAAUCGGGGGCAGCAUCCUCUCGGGAGGCUUCUCCUGGCUGGCCCGCCAAUACGGCAACACGUCGGACCCGGCCAAUAUGCUCGACGCCGAGGUCGUUAAGAUGGACGGGACCGUCCUCUGGGCCUCGCAGGAUCCCGACCUGCUGUGGGCCUUGCGCGGCGCCGGCGCGAGUUUCUGCGUCGUCACCAAGUUCAAACUGCGCGCCUACCCGUAUCCCCAGGACAUCUACGCCGGCCCGAUCAUCGUGCCGCGGCGCCAGCUCGCCCUCGUCGCCGGGGGUAUUGCGUCCAUGAACGCCCGCUCGGAGACUCUGGCACCCCAGGUCUCGAUGGACCUGUAUGUGGUGAAGAAAGAACAAGCGGCGCACAUGGGCGCGACGGAAGAUCUGCUGAUCGCGCAAGCGUUCGACGCCCUGGGCCGUGAGCACGGACGGUCGGAAGAAGGAUUCAAGUGGGCGCUUGAUAUUCCUGGGGCGAUGGACAUGACACGAGUCACCAAUCUACACGGUGUCUCGCAGAUGCACGGAACACGAUCAUCUGCGCGGCGGGGUAUGAUGCAACAGCUGGUGCUGCUGCUGCUGCUGCUGCUGCUGCUGCUGCUGGGGGCAAAAGCUCAAAAGCCGAAGAAGAGAGUAAUGGAGGCGGCGGCGGUGAUGGUGACGACAACAGCGACAAACUUGCCACAGCGCGACAACUCCUCUUCGACGCCCCGCGCAUCGUCUUCGACGGACACGGCGACCAGAGGAUCCGCUACGCGCCAAACGCGCUGGAAGAGUACCAUGACCUGA